AUGGAUAUAGUCGAAAACAUAAUGAGUCACGUCAAUUCGGUAGACUGUCUCUUACCUGUGAUUGAAAAACCACUAAAGGAUAUGUUGGUUGUUGUACAAUUCAAGGAACUUUGGUACCGAGGUGUGGUUAUCCACGAGUGCAGGCCACAAGGCUAUGCCAUUGUCACACUAUUGGAUUAUGGCAAUAGAGAGGAAAUCGAGUGCAAUAUUCGGCAAAUGUCAGAAAUAAUGCGAAAAAUUCCCGCACAGGCUAUACGGUUCAAUAUAAACAACAAUGCACUCAUGGACGUCCCAACAUUGAAGAUUCAUCAAGAAAUAGAGGUGGCAGUUACUGAAAUAGUAAAUUGGGACAAUAACGAACCAAUUUAUAUGGUUAAUAUUAAUCGAAUCCUUGGAUCUGCUGAGAAAUUGAGACGGACUUUGAUUGAAAGCCAGCCCAAAGAGAGUGUCAGAUUUGCACCUGUUGCCAAAUGCUUCAUGAAGAUAGCUGAAUCCAGUGCUAUAAUUGCACCGGACCGCAUGCUUCGUAUUGUACACUAUAGGAAAGAUAAGCUGAUCGUGAGAACCAAUGAAUUGGCUAAUCUGACUAAAAAAGUCGUUAAACAUGUGGCAUGGAUGAAGAAAAAACAAGAGACACUUCCUUUAACAUCGCUUAGAAACAUUGACAAAACUCUGGCUUCUUUGCCACCAGCUCUUAUUGAAAUUAACUACCCACCCCUAGAGAGAGCAACAGAUGAGGGAAUUACAUUGUUGCGCUCAUUAAUCGAAAAAAAACCCAGAAUUAGAUCGAUCGAAGUUAAUGGACACAUAGACUUCACGGUAGAUGGGGAAUUAUUAUCGACAAAAAUUACCUCCCAACUUACACCACCAAAAUUAGAUGCAAUUAGUCGUAGCCACACCACAAUAAGUGAAAAUAAAAAAUCUGUACAAACUCUCUUUAGAGAUAUGCCAUUUGUAGAGCCUAAAAAGAGUCGGGCUCCCUACGCGUGUUUCUCGUACCAUGGUGCUACUCUGACCUUGGUAGAAUGGUCUCCCGAACGAAGACGUUUGAUUGAGAAAUUGACCUCUUUGGCUAUUCCAGGGGACAAUGAGCCAUUCGAACCAGUCCAGUUUGGAAUGUGCUUGGCCAUAAGGGAAGGGUUUUGGUGCAGGGCUAUGGCAACUGGUGAUGAUGAUGACAAAACAAUUGAGGUGAAGUUUGUUGACUAUGGCAACAUUGCAAAAGUUGAUAGGGCAAAUAUCAGAAAAUUACCAGAAGAAAUGUAG